UGUUAAUUUUCUUGGUUUUUCAUUAAUUUUCUGACGAUUUUUAUUAAAAUUUGUAAAAUCUGGAACUCAUUCUUCACAAAAAAAUCAAAAGUCUUCAAAAUCAAGUCAUUUUUCUAUCAAAAAUUUGCUGUUAACUGCCGGUGUUUGGAAUAAAUUUUAUAAUUUUAGUAAAAAAAUGUUGAGUGGAAGCCAAUUGAUCAAAGAAGCUGACAAAUUAGGUCAAAAAUUGAUAGUAACUGGAUUGAAAAGUGUAAAUAUCGACAAUUCAGAAGAAACUUUGCAGGAAUUUGCCAGAAUUAAACGAAAUUACAAAGAAGUCUCUUGCAAGGAACGAAUCGCUCGCCAUGACUCACGAAUGCAGGGAAAUUUCAAUCCAGAACGUCGUUCAGUUACAGUUAAAGCUCUGACAGGCACUAGUCAUCGUUAUUUUGGGCAACAAGACAAGCAGGGAACGCAUUUGCGACUUUAUGAGGCCUUAUAUUUGAUGGAAAUUAAUGACUUGGUUGUCUACUACAACGACGUGAUAAUCUCAAUUGAACAAGCUUACGCGCUAUUUUUAGGUACCGACGAUGCUGAAAUGACCUUCGAGCAGUAUAUGGCUUACAAAAAUCUAUUACAAUCUGGUUUUGUAGCCUUGAAACAUCGAAAAAUCCAAGAAAUCGAUACAAAAAUUGAUAAUUCUCAAGAAGUUGAAGAGCAAAAAGAAAGAAAAACCGAAAAUAAUGACAUCUGGGACUGUUUAAGGUCCAAAAUUCACUUUUUAAAUUGGAAGGAAAUUAAUUCUGAACGACUUGACGAACAAAUUUCCGGCAAAUUUGACCAAACUUGUGCCUAUUUUAAUGGAAAUCGACCAAAUUCUUCCACGGGUUCAUGUAAUUUUGAAGCGCCGGUCGCUAAAAAGCCAAAACUUGACAUCCAAACUGAAGAAAAAAUUAUUAACGAUGCAAAAACAAUUCUUCCGAGCAACGAAACUCAUGAAUAUUCAUCGAUUUUUUCACAACUUGACAUCAUUGAAGUCCUUGAGGAUCCAAACUCAUCAAAAAUUGACUUCGAUUUCGAUAUUUUUCUUGCCGAAGAAGCGAAAAAACACAAAAUAAGCGAAUCCAAACCCAAUUUCUACGGCAAAGUUGUAAAUUUUGACACAAAAAUCGAUUAUUCGGUAAUUCAUCAGCUAAAAUCACAAGCAAAUGGCACUCCUGUGAUGAUUCUAAUCGUUUUCGACAACUUAAGUAUAUCUUCGUUUAUUUGUUGAUUAAAUUUAUUUUCUUUAAAUUUUAAUAUUUUCUUGCUUUUGUAUCGCUUCAUUACUCAAAACGUUGAA